GCUGAGGAGAAAAUGCAGUCUGAGCAAAUCCGCAAGCUGCGCCGUGAGCUGGAGUCCUCGCAGGAGAAGGCCAACCUGGUGGCAGCUUUUGAGCAGAGCCUGGUGAGCAUGACAUCUCGCCUGCGGCACUUGGCUGAGACUGCUGAGGAGAAGGACACGGAGCUGCUGGACCUGCGAGAGACCAUCGACUUCCUGAAGAAGAAGAACUCGGAGGCUCAAGCUGUGAUCCAGGGUGCUCUGAACGGCACCGACGUCACCCCCAAAGAGCUGCGCAUCAAGCGGCAAAACUCCUCUGACAGCAUCUCCAGCCUCAACAGUGUCACCAGCCACUCCAGCAUUGGCAGCAGCAAGGACGCCGAUGCCAAGAAGAAGAAGAAGAAGAGCUGGGUGUAUGAGCUACGCAGCUCCUUCAACAAGGCCUUCAGCAUCAAGAAGGGACCCAAAUCAGCCUCAUCCUACUCGGAUAUUGAGGAGAUUGCCACGCCAGACUCAUCAGCCCCCUCCUCCCCCAAGCUGCAGCAUGGCUCCACGGAGACCGCCUCGCCCUCCAUCAAAUCCUCCACAUCCUCCUCCGUGGGCAUUGACACGGCUGAGCUCUUCCAGGCCCAUGGUGAGGGCGAGCCAGAGAAGAAGGAGGUGUCAGAGCUGCGGUCAGAGCUGUGGGAGAAGGAGAUGAAGCUGACGGACAUCCGCCUGGAAGCCCUCAACUCUGCCCACCAGCUGGAGCAGCUGCGGGAGACCAUGCACAACAUGCAGCUGGAGGUGGAUCUCCUGAAGGCCGAGAAUGACCGGCUUAAAGUGGCACCGGGACCCUCAGCAGCCCCAGGCUCCGUUCCCAGCCAUGUCACAAGCACGUCGGCCUCGUCUUCACCGCGGCGCUCCCUGGGUCUCGCUCUUGGCCAUGCCUUCAGCCCUAGCCUGGGGGAUGCAGAUGUGUCCCCCAUGGAUGCUGUCAGUGCUGGCACCCAGAAGGACGAGCUGAUGCUGCGGAUUGUAGUGCGCAUGCCGCCCCAGCACAUCAUCAAGGGGGACCUCAAGCAGCAGGAGUUUUUCCUGGGCUGGACCAAAGUGAGCGGGAAGGUGGACUGGAAGAUGCUGGAUGAGGCUGUCUGCCAGGUCUUCAAGGAUUACAUCACCAAGAUGGAUCCUGCCUCCACGCUGGGGCUCAGCACUGAGUCUGUCUACGGCUAAAAAAACGGGUGCCCGCGAGACCUGCCGCUGUGCCGCCGGGGCCUGACCAGCAUCGUAGUGACGCUCAAAGGCUUGAAGGAGAAGUGUGUGGACAGCCUGGUGUUUGAGACGCUCAUCCCCAAGCCCAUGAUGCAGCAUUACAUCAGCCNCCUGCUGAAGCACCGGCGGCUCAUCCUCUCAGGACCUAGCGGCACCGGCAAGACCUACCUUACCAACCGCCUGGCCGAGUACCUGGUGGAGCGCUCGGGUCGGGACAUCACCGAGGGCAUCGUCAGCACCUUCAACAUGCACCAGCAGUCCUGCAAGGACCUGCAGCUGUACCUCUCCAACCUGGCCAACCAGAUUGACCGUGAGACAGGCAUGGCGGAUGUGCCGCUAGUGAUCCUCCUGGACGACCUCAGUGAGGCGGGCUCCAUCAGCGAGCUCGUCAACGGCGCGCUCACCUGCAAGUACCACAAAUGCCCCUACAUCAUCGGGACCACCAACCAGCCCGUGAAGAUGACCCCGAACCAUGGCCUCCAUCUCAGCUUCAGGAUGCUGACCUUCUCGAACAACGUGGAGCCGGCCAACGGCUUCCUGGUGCGCUACUUGCGACGGAAGCUGCUGGAGUCAGACACAGACAUCAAUGCCAACAAGGAGGAGCUGCUGCGUGUGCUGGACUGGGUGCCCAAGCUCUGGUACCACUUGCACACCUUCCUGGAGAAACACAGCACCUCCGACUUCCUCAUCGGUCCCUGCUUCUUCCUGUCCUGCCCCAUUGGAAUUGAGGAUUUCCGGACCUGGUUCAUCGACCUGUGGAACAACUCCAUCAUCCCUUACCUGCAGGAGGGGGCAAAAGAUGGGCUUAAGGUCCAUGGGCAAAAGGCAGCCUGGGAGGACCCCGUGGAGUGGGUGCGGGACACCCUGCCCUGGCCGUCAGCCGGGCCGCACAGCACCGUUUCCCCUCCCGAAGAGCGCACUGUCAAAGACACGACGCCCAGCUCCCUGGACUCGGACCCUCUGAUGGCCAUGCUGCUGAAGCUUCAGGAAGCCGCCAACUACAUUGAGUCUCCGGACCGUGAGACCAUGGUGGAUCCCGACCUGCAGUCGACUCUGUGA